GAUGGGCACAAAGUGUAUUUCACAAUGACCUCUCCUCAGACGCCGCCGCCAUCGCUCCAGCACCGCCCUGGCCGUCACAUGACCGGGCUGCUCCCGCCCACCAAUCACAGCACGUGAUUCCUUGGCAUUUGCAUAACCCCGCCCCCGGGUUCGGCUCUGCCCAGUCCCCGCUGCAGCCGGCUCUGGGUGCCAUUUCCUCCCUGCUCCCUACCUGGGAGGGAGCGCGCUCCCAGUUCCUUCCAGCUUCUCUCAGGAUCGCUCGGGUGCUCCAGUAUCGGUCCCAGCGCCGCGCGGGGCGCAGCCGCUUUGGAACCCCCAGGGCAGAGCACGGCUGCUUUUGGGUGUCGGCACCGAGCCGGGCCGGACUGGGAGCGGAGGAGGAGCAGGAGGAAGAGGAGGAGCGGGAGGAAGUGCAGCAGCAGCAGCAGAACCGGUCGGCUUCGCCGCCCUCGCGCUCAGGCCGCAGCUCCGCCGGCAUCACCCCCCCCGAGAAGGCUCAGCUGCCCUUGGGUAGCGGGAACAUCAACCCCAACGCACACAGCGCAUGUUUUCCCAUGGAUUUCCCAUUCCCAGACCUUGCCGCGAUGGAGGAGGAGGCCGUGAGGAACAUGCCCCCGGAGCCCCAAGCAGACAAGGAGCUGAGAACAGAGACCAGGGAGGACAAAUUCCCGUGGCAGAACCUCGUGGAAGAGGCCGUUUGGAGUGGCUCCGCAGCGCAGGAAUCCAACGGGGAGGAAAAGCCCCAGACAUCCCUCACAGUAAGGGGCUACAAACACACAUCUUGGAUAUAUGACGAGGAAAGACCCACCGAAGGCCAGAGAAGUGGACAGAGCUUCAGUCAGAGCUCAGACCCAGUGGUCCAUGAGCAGCUUCAUGAUGGGGAGAAGCCCCACAAGUGCUCAGAAUGUGGGAAGAGCUUCAGCAAGAGAUCCUCACUGGUCUGCCACUGGAGAAUCCAUGUGGGGGAACGGCCCUAUGAGUGUGGGGAGUGUGGGAAGAGCUUCAGUACAAGAUUCAAACUGCUCCGCCACCAGAUGAUCCACACUGGGGAGAGGCCCUAUGAGUGUGACAAAUGCAGGAAGAGGUUUCAGACCAGCUCCAAUCUCCUCAUGCAUCAGCGGAUUCACACAGAGGAGAGGCCAUUCCGCUGCCCUGAGUGCGGGAAGGGCUUCAAACACAACUGCCGCCUUAUCUCCCACCUGCGCAUCCACACUGGGGAGAUGCCCUAUGAGUGUUCUGAGUGUGGGAAGUGCUUCAGGACAAGCUCUGACCGGAUUGUCCACCAAAGGAGCCACAUGGGCGAACAGCCCUAUGAGUGUGAUAAAUGCGGCAAGAGGUUUCCAACCAGCUCCUGUCUCCUCCAGCACCAGCACGUUCACAUAGAGGAGAAGCCUUUCUGCUGCCCCGAAUGUGGAAAGGGCUUCAGGCACAACUCCAACCUCAUUGUCCACCGGCGCAUCCACACCGGGGAGAAGCCCUACGUGUGUGCUGAUUGUGGGAAGAGCUUCUCACAGAGCUCACACUUGACCAAACACCAACGGAGGCUCCACUAAGGGAAGCCUUGUGAGUGCCUCAAGUAAGGGAAGAACUUUGUGGGCUGCUCCAGCUCCACUCUCCAUGGCAGGAUCUGCCCUGGAUGAUCUCCAGUGUCCCCUGGUGGGCAGAGCUCUGGUGAUCUAUGUUGCAAAGACACCUGACUGGGGGUCUCCACAUUCUCCUGGCUUCCCUUGAGCAUCUGGACACAUCUACAGACCAACGUCAGAAAUCCAUUGUGGAGAGCACAGCUGUCGACUUCUGACCCCAGAAAAAUCUCACUUUUUGUGUCUUCUGGUAGCAUGAAGCAACACUGAAUGGCCUUGGGGGUCUUCUCCAACAUAAAUCCAUCAUUUUAAUUCUCUCUGGCCCAUGGGCACCUUCCACAGCUAAAUGGGGAAUGGAUUGGAGCAAAAGCUACAGUUUUUGAGACAGUGGGGUGGAAACCCCUCCCAAAAGAGUUCUUCCCACCCAGCCAAGCAUGUGGAUGCUCCACCAGCAGGGACACGUAAAUCCUUUUGUUUUUUUGGCCUUGAAACAAAAAAGUUUCUGUUCAUCCCUUUGAAAGUCCUGAAAUUGGGGUAAAAAUAAAGAUGUUGAACUAA